AUGCAGUCACGCUUGAGCCUUGCGCUUCUCUUUGCGGCUUUGGCCACUCUAGUAACUGCACAAUCCUGUCCCGCCGUUCACAUCUUCGGUGCCCGAGGCACCACCGUUCCCCAAAGUAAUGGCUAUGACCUCCUCCUCCCUCUGGUAAACCAGCUGAAAUCCACGUACGCUGGCGCCACGUCCGAGGCAAUUGUCUAUCCAGCCUGUGGCGGGCAAAGUUCCUGCGGAGGAGUUGCAUAUGGCGACUCGGCAAAACAGGGAACUGCCGCCGUGGCUACGGCUGUAAAUAAUUUUCACAACAAUUGUCCAAAUACCAAGUUGGUGUUGAUGGGAUACUCACAGGGCGGACAAAUUAUAGACAACGCCCUAUGUGGAGGACCUGAUCCCAACGCGGGAAUCACUAACACGUCUAUUCCCAUUUCCGCAAGCGCUGCACAAAUGGUCAAAGCAGCUAUUUUCAUGGGAGAUCCUCGAUUUGAGUACGGGGCUUCUUACGAGAUUGGAACUUGCAGGCUUGGAGGAUUUGCUGCGCGCCCAAAGGGCUUCACAUGCAGUAAUGGAUCUAAAAUUCAGUCUUAUUGUGAUUCUCCCGAUCCUUAUUGCUGCCAAGGCAAUGAUGCGAGCGCUCACGGGGCCUAUGUCAAUGUCUAUGGCCAGAACGCUAUUUCCUUUAUUGAGUCCAAGUUGAACUCUUAG